AGGCUGCGGUCACCAUGGUGGAGGGGAAACCGUAUCGGUAUGGGCUGAUCGUGACAGGACUGUGUGUGGUGGCCGUUGGCCUCUUCAUCAUGAUGCAGGAGAGGCCACACAUCUAUGUCACCGUAUGCUUUUUGGGUGCCACCAUGGUGUGUGUGGGGACUGUGUGGAGCCUCUGCCAGUGCUAUCCUAAGGUCAUUGUGACGCCUGUGCUUCAGAGGGAAAGCCUGGAGGAUUUAUUGUAUUCUGCAGCCGAAGCUAAAGAUGAAAGGAGCGCAGAGGCCCUGCCAGGUUUCUGUGACCGAAAGUUGAGUGGUGGGGUGGUUGAUCCUGAGGCAACGAAGAAUCAGUGCCACAGCUGUCCCACACUGCAUCUGGCCUGAGGGACAGACACCAUGAGCCAAGUCAACUCACCACCAUGCUGCUUGAAAGCAAGGACAUUUUUUAUGGAUUCAAUUUUUUAAAAUUACUGUUAAUGAUGAUAUCAUUCACAUGAUACAAACUGAAUGUGGUUUAUUUUGGUCAUGUAUCAAACAGUUCCUAAUCAUUUGA